AGCAUUGCAGUAUUUGCACUUGUGGUUCAUAGAAUCAAGAGCUAUAGUUUUUUCUGCCUCAUAAGCCAGGUCAGGAUUGUACGUCAUUCCUGAGUUGACCAUUAUUUUNUAGUAUGCUCAUAUCGAGACCUAGCAGCUCUGCCUACCUCAGGAUUAUCUAGCUGGUACCUGGCAACUGCAGAUCUGUUCACUAAAGGAUUACGAGGUGCAUAUGUCUUUGCCGCGUUUUGAAGUUGUUUUUUUCUUAUAUUGCCAGUGUAUCUGGCACGGCGUUUUCCACCCUUCUUCAGGGAUAAAGAUAAAGGUGAUUGCUGUAAUGUGGAGUCUCUCUGAGGGAUCAAUAUUUCUGACUCAUUAGGCAGGUAGACAUCAAAAUGGCCCCUAGAGAGAUUUUGCGUAAAACGCAUCCUCAACACAGGGUAACCUUCAAUACCAAAACGCUCAUAGAGCUGAUUAUUGCGGUAAACUUCAAAAACGUAGUGGAACAAUUGUCCAGCGGCCACCAAUUCACAUAAACCACCAUAAGUAUAUAAUUGAGACAUGUCAGCAAAAUACUCAGCGGAACUCAUAUAGUUGUCCCCAUUGUUGUCGUGAGACAUGAUAGAAAACUCCGUCCAAUUUUUUGUUACGUGGCUCACAAUAAGCUUGCGUAUUUCUCUGGCCAUUUGCUCAGUUCCGUACAUAAGAUAGGAGAGCGAAUUAAAUAAACAGGCACCAUCUCCUGUAAUAGGUACAACGAUGUGAGAUACCAUUUCCCCAUUCACGUUUAAAAACUCGAUUUUUAAUGAAAAAAGUUUUAUAAUUAAGUGAUCAAUUCAGUUAACGCCAAUUUAUAUAAACUCACGCGGUUUGUAUUUCGUGUAUAUUAAUCAAAAUUUACUUUUGAACGCCGUUUUAUACAGACGUACGCGGUUUGUAAUUCAUGUACCUACCCCACGAAAAUAACAAACCGAAUUUUAUGUGCUAAAAAGCCGACGUAGACCAAACGGUUUUCAAGGCGUNGUUUUAUAAUUAAGUGAUCAAUUCAGUUAACGCUAAUUUAUAUAAACUCACGCGGUUUGUAUUUCGUGUAUAUUAAUCAAAAUUUACUUUUGAACGCCGUUUUAUACAGACGCACGCGGUUACAUAACAAAUGUGCUAAAAUAGCAUAAAUAACAAACCGAAUUUUAUGUGCUAAAAAGCCGACGUAGACCAAACGGUUUUCAAAGCGUUUGCGACAAUUGCGCGUUUACAGGUCACUCGCUGUUGCAAAUGAUUAAGCAACAAAAUUGUAAACCAACCACAGUUCACAAAACCUUUUAAGUACAUAAAGAUUUAAAAAAAAUGUUCGUUUUAUAAACACAACAAUUUACUGUCGUGUUAUGUCGUGUGUGUCUGUAUAUUAAUCAAAAUUUACUUUUAUACAGACGCUCGCAUUUUGUUAUUCAUGUACCGCACGUAAAUAAUCAAAAUUUACUUUUGAACGCCGUUUUAUACAGACGCACGCGGUUUGUAAUUCAUGUACCUACCCCACGAAAAUAACAAACCGAAUUUUAUGUGCUAAAAAGCCGACGUAGACCAAACGGUUUUCAAGGCGUUUGCGACAAUUGCGCGUUUACAGAUCAAUCGCUGUUGCAAAUGAUUAAGCAACAAAGUUGUAAAAUAAUCACAGUCCACAACACCUUUUAAGAUUUUAAAAAAAAAUUUCGUUUUAUAAACACAACAGUCCGCACGAAAAUAACUAACCAAACUCCAAUGUGUUAAGAGGCGUUAAUAAUCUGUGAAGCUCACGUCGAUCAAACAGUUUUNUUGCAAAUGAUUAAGCAACAAAGUUGUAAACUAACCACAGUCCACAACACCUUUUAAGAAUGUAAAAAAAAAUUUCGUUUUAUAAACACAACAGUCCGCACGAAAAUAACUAAGCAAACUCCAAUGUGUUAAGAGGCGUUAAUAAUCUGUGAAGCUCACGUCGAUCAAACAGUUUUCAAAACGUAUUCGAAUAAAUACGUGUUUAAUAGCCGCAAGAUGCAAUGGAAGUGAAAUAUGUCAGACGACAGCGGCGACAACGAUGACAACGGUGACUGAUCGGUCAAUGGUGGGGGUGAGUAGGGCCGACGGAGUUGUAGGCAGCACGUAUUCACCAUUUCGCGUUAUCUUUGUACUUUGAUCGUCUACCGCCCGUACCUAUUGUGUGUUGCAAUCGCGGGUCACCGAUAACUUCGACUAUAGGCUAUAUAUAAUUGAUUGUUAUUAUUCAAUUGUGAAUUCCACGUACUAUUAGCACUAUUAAUAGACUGAACAGCGAUUAACAGCUGGAAAAAAAUACAUAUAUAUAGCUACAUAAAAUGUAUACAAACUUUUAAAAAAAACCCCUUUUACCCCCUUAGAGUUCGAAUUUUGAAAAAUCCUUUCUUAGUGCGCCCUUACAUUGCUUAAGGAACCUCUGUACAAAAUGUCAAGUCUCUAGACCCAGCGGUUUGGUCUGGGCGUUGAUGAGUGAAUAGGGGUUGUCUCCUAUAUGUAUAUAGAUUAGUACUUGUUAUAUAGUCCCUAAUAGUGAUUUAGUGAUUUAUUCACAUUAUUUUGAACCCUUUCAUCUUUAUACUGAGGUAGUUCCAUAAAAUAUUUGUUAUUAGGUGAUUUUAAUUCAGGUGUUUAAAUCAGGUGUAUUUUUAUCAUCAGGGAAUAAUGGCUUAAUGUUUCGUGGAGUACUAAAUGGCCGAAAUUUCAGGAAAUAAUUUUUAAGUCUUAUCAGAUGUAAAUCGCAAAAGUUCAAUAAAAUAUUGUAUUAAAAAUUUUAGUAACAAAAUAUUCAUGUAAUGUAUUAAUGUGUCAGAUUAUUUCGAUUGUAACAAUCAUAACUUUCAGCCCAGUACUAAGUAGCAUUGAUUUAUAAUCAAUGAAAGUACCUUAUUCUGGUGUGCGGUAUUGCUGCAUUAUCAAAAUUUGAAUUUGUACUAUCCAGAAUUGAUUACAUUUUUGUAAUCAAUUUCCCCACCAAUAAAAUGGUUGGUUUUUAUCGUAUAGUUUUUAUUGCUUUUAUAGUUAUUCAGUUAUUCUAUUUCAUUAUUAAUUUUGUGAAAACAGUUAAGACUAUUACAAAAAUUAAAAUUUUGUAAUAAAUUUCUUAUUCUUGUUUUUAAUUGAUUGAAUUGGGGAAUUUAACAUUGAGAAAAUACCCAAUCCCCCCCCUCAAAAAAAAUAUCUUUAUACACCCCUGUAUGAUGCUAUGGAAUACAAUGAUGUUAAUCAAUUAAAUAUUUUUCAAAUUGUUUCCAGAUCUCAGUUAAGACUUCAUAUUUUCUAAUAUUACAUAUUUAUCGGUUUCUAUAGCAGACAAAGUUCUUAUCACUCCUGAUAAAUAUCAUUUUGUUUUGAGUUUGUCUUAUGAUUAUUAUAAUCCAAUAGUAAAUAUACCCACAUAUAAUAUCUCAGAUUAUAAUUUCAAUAAAGCUUAUUAAUAAUGAUUUAUUGACUAGAAUGUUACUUAAUGUUGAUUGGAGUUAUUUGUAUAAUAAGUCUAACAUUAAAGAAGCUAUAGACUUCUUUUAUUGUAAAGUUUUGGAUAUUAUUUAAAUUUACAAACCUAAGAAAAGUAAAUGCAGGCAGUUCACACCCUCUCUUGAGCUUCGUGAGUUACUAAUAGAGAAAAAGGAAACUCAUAGAAAGCUUAAAAAUUUUGGUAAUAAUUUAGAUUGUAUACAUUUUUCCUAUUUACAUGCUCUUUGUAAAAAAAAAAGUCAAAAUUAUGUUAUUCUCAGUACUUAACCAAUAUUAAAAUUUCAUUAAUUAAGAAUCUUUGCUCAAUUUGGAAUUACAUAAAGAAAUCUAAAACUAGUAGUGACCUUCUGAAUAGUAUGUCAUAUGAGGGUAAGCGUUCUGAUGAGCCAUUAGUUAAUGCUAAUUUUUUUUUUCUAUUUUCCCUUUGUUUCCAAAAAAGUUUAUUUUUUUAAAUCACUUAUGCCACUUAUUUUAUCAACUGCUGUUUUUAUGUUUUAACUCAACCGUUUCAUUACCUUUUUCACUUUCAUUAAAAACUGGUGAAUUUUCUUUGAAAUGGAAAUCUUUGUGAUUCCAAUCUAGAAAUCUGGUGACCGCUCUAUUAUUAACAAUUAUAGACCAAUAUCAAAAUUAAGUACCUUAUCUAAGUUAAUUGAAAAACUGAUUGUAGUGAAGAUGUCAACGAUUUUCAGUAGUUUAUUAAUGAAUAAACAACAUGGAUUUUUUACUGAAAAAUCUAUUAAUAUAUUGUCAUUUUUAGUGAAUGAAGUGUCAUGUGGUAAACAAGUUGAUGUAGUAUGUACAGAUUUUAAAAAAAAUAUUUGACACUGUUGACCACAAUAUAUUAAUUGGUAAGCUUAAGAAAAUUGAUACAUAUGAUCCGUUUUUACCGUAGCUUCAUUCUUAUUUGACAAACCUAGACCAAAUAGUAAAAAUUGGCAGUUCAGUAUCCAAACUAGUCUUGGUAUCAUCCAGAGUACCUCAGGGAAGUCAUCUAUCACCUUUACUCUUUUUGAUUUUUAUAAAUGAUGUCGGUAAAAUGUUCAGACAUGUAAAUGGUAAAUUUUCACUUUUUGCGGUUAAUUUAAAGAUUUAUUUGAGUUUGUUAAAAUACUUACAAUUUUCAAUCUAAUUUGAACUGUUCGGGUGACUUUUGUUCAGCUAAUGAUCUUUUCAUUAAUACUUUGAAAUAUUUCUUUUUGUUGUCACCAAUCUCUUAUAAAUUUAAGUUCUUGAUACAUAGUGAAGAGAUUAUUCAGGUCCAUCAAGUUCACGAUUUAAGCAUUAUUUUUUAAAAUGACCAAAGUUUCAAUACUCAUAUCGAUUCAAUUCACACAAGAACAUUAAGAGUACUUGGCUUCAAAAAAGAAAUUGUGCCAAUUUUAAGGUUAUAAAAUAUUUUACUGUAUUUUGCGGUAAAUAUUAUAUAAAACAAAUUUUCAACAUCAAUCAGUCAUAAACUAAUAACUAUAAUAUAUAUCAGUAGUAAAAAUCGGUUUUACUUAUAAUAAGUAAAUGAUAUGAAUGAAGUUCAAGUAAAUAACUCAUGCAUUUAUUUAUUAAAAGAACUAUUCUACUUAUUAACCUAUCAUUAGGCGCGUGCAUAUGUGUUGCACAAUGCGACAAAAAGACGAGUUGAAGUUAUAAUAUGGAUAACUAUAAAUAGAUAGUAUUUUGAGAAAUUAUUAAUGAUUGAGAAAAUCUGUGUUUAUAUUAUUACAAAAAGGUAUGUAAAUUAAAAAGAAAUAAUAAUUUUCAUAUUUAACCAAAAUUUAAAAUAAAGAGGGUCUUCGAACUAAUUUAUGUUUUAACUAGAUGUCCGUACCUUCAUACUGGGAACCACUGUAUUAAACAUAUUAAAACUAUAAUGUAAUUUUAAUUCUCCUAAAAUUUAUCAUGUAUUUUGUUUUGUAUGUUUUAAUAUAGUAUUUGUAUAUUGUAUUUUAUAGUAAAAGUCGUGAUCAAGAAAAUAAUGAAAGAUUUCCAAAACUAUUAAUUCAAUCACUCAGACAAGCAACUGUGGGUAUGAAAUCAUUUCUAGAUGCUGUUGAACAUAGUCAAGAUGUGGAUAAAGUUGUUAAAUUACAAAAAUCAUUAGAACAAAUUAGGUAAUAUUCUUUUUUAAAUUAAAUUAUUAUUUCAGAAUAUCAAAUUUAAAAACUUGUUUAAUAAAUAAUACAUUUAUUAGGUUAGGAUUUAAUGUUAGUUCAUUUUUACCAACAUCAGAAACUAAAGAAAUAGAAGUAUCAUAUAAAGAUCUCAUGGAUAAUAUUUCAAAAAUGAUUGACAAAAUAAUUUCAAAAAAAGGUAAUUAUAUAUUGUAUGGUUUUAAAAUUAAAUGCCCCAAUACAUAUUUAUCAAAUUUAUAGACAAUAAAGAAGAUGAAGCUGAAGAUGAACUAUCAUAUGAGACUUUAAUCGGAGUAAGUAGCUAAUCUUACACUUUAUAUUAUUAGAUAUUAAUAUAAUUUAAACAUUAAUAUGUUAAUAGGAUAGUAUAGAAAAAUUAAAAAAGGUGGUAUCAGAUUUUAUGGAUAAAGUUAAUCGAGCCUUUAAAGAUACAUAUGGGUCAAAACAUUGUAAAAAAGAAGACCGUAGUGAAAAUGAUGACUUAAGUCUUAGAUCUGAAGUGUUGUCAAGCAUAUUGAACAAUGAUGAACAGAUACUACCAGACUCUUUACUUAAAUUAUCAAAAGCAAUAAACCAUACUGGUGAAUUAAGUUAUAUUUUUAACAAUUCGACUCAAGAACCAGAAUAUGAAGUUAUUGUCAAACCUGAAGAAGCUGGAGGUAUUACGAUUUAUAAUUUGUAUACAGUGGUUAAUUUUCUGUAAGACAUUCAUUUUUUUAGAAAAAAGCAAUUCACUUAUUUGAUUUAAAUCAGUUUAUUGCAUUCGUAAUUGUUGAUAUACCACUACAAGUUUUGCUUUUUUGCUGUGGCUUGUGGGUAGUCAGUAGUGGAGCACUAUUAAUAAGCUACCAUAUGAUUGGUACUCCUUACAAUCUAUAUCUCUAAUAUUUUAAAAUAUAUAUGUCACCCAGUAUAUUGAAACGUCAUAUAUUACAAACAUUUUUCACUGUAAUUAACAAACUCGUUUAUUCAUUAAUUUAUUAUUUUAAAUUUAUAAAUAAAUAAAAGUUCAUGUUUGACAAUUAUAAUUUAAAAUUAAAAUAUUUUGUGUCCCUAUGUUUCUUGAAAUGUUUUCUUUUUUACAGUUUUUGAUUUGGUUGAUACGCUUUUGGAUGAUUCACAUAAAUACAUUUAUGAAAAAGAAAACAAUUUACAUCCAACACUGUUGAAAAUGGUUACAAAAGACAUUCAAAUACUUCAAAAAAGUUUACCUGCAGGAAUCUGGGUGAAAACUUUUGAGAAUCGCAUGGUAAAUUAUUAUUAAAUUAAUACGAAAAUUCUGAAUUAUAUUUUAAUUUUAUAUUAAUAUUUUAAAAAGUUUGAAAAUAAUUGUUACUUUUGUUAUUAUUUUGUUAUUCUUAUUAUAGGAUUUAUUUUCUGUAAUGAUCAGAGGACCAGAAAGAACACCAUAUGCUGGUGGUUUGUUUAUGUUUGAUAUAAAGUUACCACACACUUAUCCACUCACACCUCCACUGUGUCAUUAUUAUAGUUUUUGUGAUGACAGAUUAAAUCCAAAUUUAUAUGAAGAUGGAAAAGUCUGCCUUAGUCUUUUAGGCACUUGGUCUGGUCAUGGUGUUGAACUGUGGUCACCUAGGGACUCUAAUUUAUUGCAACUUCUAGUAUCAAUACAAGGUGGUACAAAUUAAUUUUGUUAAUUAGUUAAUUUUGCUAAUGUGUUGUUAUAUUUUAGGACUAAUAUUGGUUAGUGAACCUUACUACAAUGAAGCUGGAUUUGAUUCUCAGCGAGGUCAAAAACUGGCAAAAGAAAAUUCUCGUGUUUACAAUGAAAUGGCUCUAAUCAAAGUAGUUCAAUCAAUGACAAAUAUGUUGAAAAUGAAUUAUUUGUAAGUUACAUCAUUCAUCUUAUUGUAACCUUAAUAUUUAAAACAAGAUUCUUUAUAAUUUAUAUUAUAUUAUAAACAUGGGAGGGAUACUUAAGGCAAAUCUCUGUGUAAAUGGUCAUGAUAUCUAUACCCACUAAUGCUACCAUAACUUACCAAAUUUAUUUUUUAUAUCAAUUGAUGUGUAUAGUUAAAAUAUAUAUUUGUUCCAUGAACAGCUAAAUAAUGUCCAAACUUAGCAAUCUUAAUAAUCUUAUUACUGUUAAUAAAAUUGAUUGCCACGGCGGUUUAGAUAAUGCAUAUAUACAAGGUGUGACAGAAAAGUAACGAGACUUUUCAACAUAAGCUAAACUAUUUACGUUACCUAUGAAGUGAUUAUUGAAAUAUGAUUAGGAAACUUUUACCUAAGAGUUUUAUCAGUAUUUAUAAUUGUUAUUAGUGUGUGUUUGUCUAUUUUACCUGAAAAUAUUAGAUUUAACAACUUGUUAACAUUAAAUUUCUUGUUAAAUUAAAAAAAAAAUUGCCUCGGAAUCGUUUCGAAUGUUAACUGAAAUUUAUGGUGAAGAAUGCUUUUCUUCUUUUCAUGAGGUCGCGUUUUUGAAUGGCACAAAAAGUUUAGUGGUGGAAGAGAGAUCGACUACCAUCGUAUUGGGCAUUCUACCACAUCAACAAAUGAAACCAUUGAAAAAUCAACAAAAUUAUUUGGCAAGGUCAUCGAUUAAGUGUUAGAACUGUAGUAGAGAUGAUUAAUAUUGAUAGAAAAGUGUUCGUAACAUUUUAGUUUAAAAUGUAUGUAUGAAAAAUUUGUAUGCUAAAAUGGUCCCUAAAACUGUAUCAAUGAAUCAACUAUAUUGGCUGAAAAAAAUAUUUCUGAACUAUAACAUCUCCCUACUUGAUAGACUUUGCGCCUUGAAACGACUUCCUAUUAACAAAAAUUAAAAGUUCAUUUAAAGGAACCCAUUUUCAAACGGUUAAUGAUGUCAAAAUGAAAACUCCAGAACUUCUGAAAGGGUUUAUUGAAACUGAUUGGCAGCACUGCUUUCAUGAAUGCCAGCGAUGUAUGGAACAGUGUGUAAUUGCUGAGGGAAACUUUUUUGAAGGUGAUAAUCAUUAAUUUUCUGUCACACCUGUCGUAGAUCUAUAGUCAACUAAUUUAAUUUUUAUAAAAUAUUACUACUUGCCUAGACAUUUAGUUAAAUGCCUAAACAUUUAACUAAAUACCUAUUUCAAGUCAGGCAAAUAAUAAAAAUGAAAUGUUUUGUACAAUUUUAAAAACUAAACUGUAUUUUCUUAUUAAUUAUUGCUAUGUUAUAAAUUUGCUACAGCUGGUUUGUAACACCAAUUUUGUAAUAUACCAACUGCUGUGCUAACUUGGUAAACUUGGUAGCUGAUAGAUAUUAUUCGUGUUUAUUUAUUUAUAUUUUUUCAAAAAUAUUCCAAAAAAAAAAAAAAAUAGGUUACCCAGGUUUUUUUGGUGUAAUUUUGGUUAAAACAUUUGUUGACUUGAAAUUUGGGCAGAAAUAUAUACUUACUUUUUCUAGAGGUGACAUUAUUUUCAAAACAUUUGAGUUAUUUUUAAUCUAUUAUAUUAAUAAAUAUUUUAAUUUUGAGAUUUUUUAAUGUAAUUUUUAUUUGGUCGGUAAUCUGUAGAUAAAUUGUUAUACUUAACAGAAAUGCUUUAAAAUUUAACAGUCUUUGUGACUUUUGACAAAAGUCUUUGUGAUCAAAGGAAAAAAAUUUGAGUUUAAUGUAGCAUUUUUAUAUAAAGGAUUUUUUUUAAUAUCAAAUUUUGGCGAAAAUGUUUUGAAUAUAAAAUUAUAUGGAACAAAUCUAGUUUUGCCUAUGCAAAUUUUUCAAUUAGUUUUAUUUUAAAUAUUUGUAUAUUUCAAAUUUAAGAAUAAUGAUGGUCAAAAUUGAGCGUACAAACUUAGUUUCAAAAUUAUAGCUUUUUAAAGUUCUGAUAUUAUGUGUUGUAUUAAUAAAUAAUUGAAUGUUAAUAUUACAGUAUGUCUGCUGUAGUCUAAUGGUAAUAUAUACCUGUUUUCAACCAAGGUCGCGGGUUCAGGUGAGAUUCCAAAAUUUUUUUUGCAAAACAAUGUUGGGUAGGUAACAGGAAAAAAAAUUGAUGAAAUUGAGUGUGAUCAAUUAAAAUCAAAUUUCAACAAAAAUCAUAAUUAUUACGGCUUUUCAAUUCUUGUUUAAUCGAACUUCGCUCCAAAUCAUUUUUCGUUAUCAAUGGUUUAUCAUUAGUCGCAAGUAUAAAUGAAAUAACUUUUAUGUAUCCCACUUUUUCCACUACACACUUACAGCAGUGGAUGUACCCGUUCCUCAGUCUUAGUUCUUUUUAAAAAAAUAUUUGUGUACUGAAAAGAAAAUACUAAAAAUUGAGAAGUUAUAUUUGUCUGAAAAAAAAUUGUAUGCUACAAUAAUUUUUUUUGAUCUAUUGUUCGACAUAUAGAUGUACAAAUGAUGUAUAUAAUGAUGUUAGUGCAAGGUAAAUGGACGGUUUGCAAUUGAUACAUUGCUGUUGAUGGACAAGUUUAUUUAUUUUUAUAUACAUCUAAUCAUAUACAGUGUUUCCCAAAAUAUAUAUAACAGUCAUUUUCUAUAGGCAUAUGAAAAAAUAAAUAAAUGUUAAAAUGCUUUUAUUCUAAGAAAAUAUUUUUGAAUUGAAUUAUAAAAGUAAAAAAAAUUAAAUAAAACUACUGCAACUAAUAUUACAUACUUAAAAGUUAUUGUAUUUUUAUUAGAUACAUGACACAAGCAUAUGAGAUAAAUCUAUUUUACAUACUUCUGGAGAAAAUUGUAGUGUAAUAUUUUAUUUAGAACACUUUAUAGAGGUUAUUCUUUAUAAUUUCUAAAAACUGACUUAUAAUGUCUAAAGUGAUUAAAUAAUUACUGAUCUGUAACCCAUGAUAAUUAUUUAUAACAAUGUUCUUUGAAAGUUAGUAUUCAUGGAUUUAUUCUAAGAUGGUAAAAGUAAAAAAAAAAAAAAAAUAUAUAAAAACUCAAGGUUACAUCUUAUCAUUAAUCGUGUGAAUAAUCAUUAGUUCAUUUAAAUUUAUAAGUCACUGUUUUUUAUAAUCUUGUUGUUUACAAUGUACUAUUUAUUUAUAUAUUUGUUUAAUAUACAAUAUUAUUUAGGGAUGAAGCAAGUUCAGGAUAUUUUAAAGAAGAAAUACUGGAACAUGUAAAAUUUCAUGGUCCAAAGUAAGUAUUUUGUGUAUUUUACUAUAUAAAUAUAUAGUGUCUAUCAUAUAAAAAUAUUUUUAAUUUUUAGAUUAAUCAGUACAAUUGAAAAUUGGAUUAAAAUUUCUGAAAAUGAAUUAACUGAAGGUAUUAUUCCAUACAAUUGUAUAUUACAAAUGGUUUUUAAUGUAAGUUUUAACCAUAAAUACUAAAAUACUCUAGUAUUCAUGGUUUUAACCUAUGCCAGUAAUAUAUGUUUUACCCAUUCACAUCUAAUUUUAAUACAUAUGAAUGAAAAAUGAAUUGAGUAAAAUAUAUUUGUAAUAUUUCUUUUUUAGAUGAAAAAAAUGUUCCUGGUUAUCCAUUGUUGCCACUUUCUAAGGGAUUCUGCCUUUCUAUCAUCAAAGCCCUAAAGGAUUACAAAGAAGUAUUGAUUUCCAUGAAUGUUAUGUUCAAAUAA